ACAGUCAGCGUUCCAUAUAGUUAACGAAGAACAACAAUAACAUUUCACAUUUGUCACGCGUUGAAACUAAGCUGAAGUCUCGCCUUUCUUCGGUUUUUUGCUUUGCAUGGAACUGUAAGUUUGUCCUUAGUAACAUGACUUAUCCAGUGUUAGUCUGAGUUUUGGACAGGGGACUGCAAUGGCCACCAAACCAGAUUCGGUCCAGGGAUUGCACUGUCCAAUGUGUCUCGAUGUCAUCAGGGACGCUACCAUUCUCUGCUGUGGACAUUCCUUUUGCAGGGACUGCCUGGAAGCAUAUGACAAACAGCACAAGGACCUGAAGCACAUUGUCUGUCCAGUCUGCAGGAAGUCCACCAAGCUUGACAAGGACCGGAUCGCGGGAUUAACGCCCAACUUCCUGGCCAAGGGACUUGAGGAUAUCCUGAAGGUCGAAGACAGCGGAGAAAGUAUUGAAGACGCAUAUUCCAAAUUCUGUCCUUUUCACAGUGACAUCUACCAAGAUAUAUACUGUCAGGCUUGUACUAAGUUCAUCUGUCUCUCAUGUUUUAUUGACUCUCAUCAAGGUCAUAAGAUUAAGAAAAAGGAGGAGCUUGAGCGGGAGUUAAAGAUCAGAAAAGAAGCUGUUCUGCAGAGAAGCGAGAUAAGAAAGACCCAACUUGAGAAACACUUGAGUGAAGCUGACCAACAAAGAGAGCAACUGAAAUCCCACCUGGGUAGUUUGGAGAUGAAAGUCAUGGAUGCCUUUGCCAUCAAAGUUGAUAUUCUUCAGCGAAAUAAAGAAGAGUUGCUAGAAAAGAUAACAGGUCUCAAAGUAACUUCUGACAGGGUGUUCGGGCAUUGCACUUCUCAGUGGAGGGAAGUGAUCGACAGGAUAGACCAGUCUAGCAAACUUUUGAUAAGUCAUUCAAAGAAGCAUCUUGAUCCAAAUGUGAUUGAAGGGGACAAUCUUAAAUGCGAUGAUCUAGAAAAAGCAUUGGCUAAAACUACAGAUGAGGAAACUUUAGUUUGUGCAGCACAAUUAUUGAAAGAUGUAGAGGCCGUACAAUUCAGUCCUGCUGAUGAUAAGCUUCUUGACCUAGGCUGUAUGGAUUCUGGUCAGAAGGACAAUUUGAAUGGCAGUCAGAACAUGAAUGUGGCUUCUUUAGUAUCUGAAGAGUCCAGUGUUCCGCAGGCUAGCAGCACAGAAACCUUGAUUCUCCAUCUGAAUCCCGUGACAGAAGGAAAGCUUCUUUUUGCCACAGAAGGAAAGGGAACAAGGAAACGUAGGAGGAACAGGAAAAGAGUUCAGCAAGCUACAAGCAUUGAUUCCCCAUUUCCAGAAUAUGCACGGCUUUCAAAGUCUGUAAAAAUUGUUAUGGCCAGUGGCUUCUCUUUCCAGGAAGGUCGCUUGUUUGGACUUGCAGCUCUGACAAAAGAUUCAGUUGUUCUCGGUUAUGCCAUGGACCGAAAGGGUUGUGACCGCUACACUCUCUCUGGUAAUGAGUCUCCAUACUUUGGCAGUCAGGUAGGCGAGGUCUAUGAUGUAGCAUUACUGUCUGAUGGUCGGACCAUCAUCUCAAAGCACGGAAAUGAGUUCUUUCUAUACAGCUCCUGUUCCAGUAAUGGAGUUAGAUUUACUUUGAAGCAACCUGAUGGGGGAUUCGUCCGAGUAUGCACUGAUAUUCAUGAUAACAUCUAUGCUGUCAACAUCAAUCGCGAGAUCUGCAUCUUCCGCGCCAGUGAUGCUAAACCACAGAAAGUGAUUCCCACCGGGGGAAUCCAGCCAAAGCAGAUCAGCGUUACCAAGACUGGCAUAAUGAUCACCACUACCGGAGACAUCCAACCUAGCACGGUCACAGUCUUUGACCAGGAAGGGCGUGCCGGAACCUCCAUCGUUGCUACAAAGAACUUUGAGUAUGUGUACGCCACAGUGGACAGCCAGGACCGCGUCUUGGUAGCCAAGGUGCACAGUGGUUCAGACAAGAUCGAUCUAACCAGGUACAGGUUGCAGGGUCUCCAGCUCGUAAAGGAAGUGAUCUUUGCUCCUGUUACAAUGUCCUGUCCAAUCUAUUCCAGUAUGUUCUUGAGUUCAUUCUUCUAUAUUGUCAGCCUUAGCCCGGCCAUGGUUGCAGUUGCGACCAGGCACCAUCUCUACUUCAUAGAGCUUCAAGCCUAGCUAUAGUGUGUUCUGGUUGACUGUCACCUUGUCAACCUAAUGGUAUUCUCCACUCAUUCCAACAAAAGCUUUUCCAAACGGACCAAUGGUAUUUCAUUGGAAAUAACAUAAUAGCUUUUGUCGGUCUAGAGUCUGUUUCAUCUGUAUGACGGUAGCAUAGCGCCAACCAUUGGGUUGCUGGACAUAACGACCCACCAACAAUUGUUUCUUCAUGCUAGCAUAUUCUAGGUAAAGUGUGUCCUACCUUGUAUUCCAAGGACUGUGUCUUAUCUUUUCCUCUAUGUCUGCUCUCUACCAAAUUGUUCCUAAUGUUGAAUGUCGCACCAAGUAGAGUGACUUCAAACCAACCGAUGGGAUGUCUUUGGUAAUAACUGACAGGCUUUGUCAGUCUGGGCCCUGUCUUACAAUGAGUUACGAUUGAUUCAAUCAAUCUCAACUGUAUGGAUAUCCAUCCACUCCAUAUUUUUUUCUUCAGGAAAUCAGCUCAAUCUCCUUAGUAAACAAAGAAUCACAUUGAAUCUUGAAGAGAAUGAUGAAUGUAUCAACAUACAUCAUAUCUAGAAAUUAUUUUGAAAACAAAUUUACAUUUUAGAUGUUGACUUUGCUGGCCGUCAAUAAUUGUAGUUGAUUGGAAAAAAAAACUCCCUACAGCCACAUCCUAAACAGAACUGGUUUGAGAAGUAGAGAUGUUUUAAGUUGUUGGAGACUGAAUGAUUUUGCUUGCUAUAACACAUGUUUCCAUGGACUCCAGACAGUCUAAUAAAAGGGGCUUCUCUACACUCUAUUUCCCUUUAAUCGGAAACCAAUCUUUUAGGUUGAAGUUAGAAACCAAUCGAAAUUCAGAUAUUAAAAAAGAGAUUGAUAUUUAAUAAUCCAUUAGAUAAGUAGGUUUCUCUACCAUCUGUUCCAUUGAUUGGAAACCAAUCUAUAAGAUUAAAAUUUGAAACUAAUCCAAAAUUAGAUUGAGAAAGAGAUAUUUAAAUCCAUUAGAUAAUUAGGUUUCUCUACCCUCUGUUCCAAUGAUUGGAUACCAAUCUGUAAAGUUGAAAUUUGAAACCAAUCUAAAAUCAGAUUGAGAAAGAGAUAUUUGAUCCAUUAGAUAAUUAGGUUUCUCUGCCCUCUGUUCCAAUGAUCGGAAACCAAUCUAUAAGGUUGAAAUUGAAAACCAAUCCAAAAUCGGAUUGAGAAAGAGAUAUUUAAUCCAUUAGAUAAUUAGGUUUCUCUACCCUCUGUUCCAUUGAUUGGAAACCAAUCGAUAAAGUUGAAAUUGGAAACCAAUCCAAAAUCAGAUUGAGAAAGGGAUUGAUGAUUAAUCCAUUAAAUCAUUAUGUUUGUACAUCUUUAUUUGAUUGGAAACCAAUUUGUGUAAGGCUGAAGUUGAUAUCAAAUCUAUUAAAUUGAGAUGUUAAAUUUAAUUUUGGCUUGGUCCUACAUUCCAAUAUGAAGAGAGUGGUAUUAAUGUAACCAUGUAGUCCAUGAAGCAGUGCUUUAGUUGAAAAAACAUUACUUUUUCAUUUCAUCUCGUCUUUAUUAACUUUAAUUUAAAGCUAUCUGGUUUUAUUGUAUUUUAUUUUCAUUUAUUUUUGUUUGUAGCAGGUUAAACGGCAGUUUCAUCACAUUGUAAAAAAAAAAAAAAAGACACAUGAUUAUUGGUUUAGAAAAGAUGAUUUUUGUUGAUUUGUUUCACUUAU